CACACCGUGGACUGCGGGCGGGUCCUCACUUCGCCAUGUUGUCUCAUCCUCCAGGGAAUGAAUGAGGCGUCAUCCCUCUUGCGGCGGGGCGACGAGAGCUCAGCAAGGCCUAGUAACACACUUUCCAUUUUAUCGGUCCUCACCGCCUCUUUCCCGGCUCCAUACCGACACAGACAUCACCGGCUGCGGCGAGAAGAAACCGGGCGCUCAAGUGUCGCCGUGUUCAAGAAAGCGCCGGUUUUAAUUUUUAAUUAACACGGUUAAAAAACCUGCGGCGUGCGGAGCUGAACUAAGCAGAGAGCAGCCAGAGUUCGUUAUGAAUCGCUCCGUCCUAGUACCCCUCUUUCUCGUCCUGUUGGCCGGGCUUUGCCGAGCCGAGCAGCCCGAUAGCUCCCUCCUGAACGAGGAGGUGAAGCGGACCGUCGACCUGAGCUCGCACCUGGCCAAAAUCACAGCCGACAUCACCGUCUCCAACCCCGGCGCCUCGGCGGCCCAGAGCUUCCUUAUCGCGCUGGAUCCAGAGCUCCAGAGCCACCUGGCUUACAUCGGAGUCAUUGUGAAGGGAGACGAGGAGGAGGACAGUCGGCUGGAGCUGCAGGAGACCACGGUCAAGGGGAAGAGUGGGAAGUUCUUCCGCGCGCGCUUCCCCUCCCCGCUGGCAGGGGGCGCUAAGCUGAAGCUGUCCCUGGAGACGGUGUACACCCACGUCCUGCUGCCCUACCCCACACACAUCAGCCAGGCGGAGAAGCAGUUCGUAGUGUUCGAGGGAAACCAUUACUUCUACUCUCCCUACCCGACCCGCGCCCAGAGCACCCGCGUCAGACUCGCCUCCAAGAACGUGGAGAGCUACAGCAAGCUGGGCAGCCCCAGCAAGAGCGACGAGGUCAUCGAGUACGGGCCCUUCAAGGACAUCGCCCCCUACAGCCAGGAUGCUAUGAAGAUUCACUAUGAGAACAACGCCCCCUUCCUGACGAUCACGGACAUCACGCGCACCAUCGAGGUGUCUCACUGGGGCAACAUCGCCGUGGAGGAGACGGUGGACCUGCGUCACACGGGCGCCAUGCUCAAGGGACCCUUCUCACGCUACGACUACCAGCGGCAGUCCGACAGCGGCAUCUCCUCCGUCAAGUCAUUCAAGACGAUCCUGCCUGCGGCUGCCCAGGACGUGUAUUACCGGGAUGAGAUUGGGAACAUCUCCACUAGCCACCUGCUGGUGCUGGACGACUCAGUGGAGAUGGAGAUCCGGCCUCGCUUCCCUCUCUUCGGAGGCUGGAAGACGCACUACAUGGUCGGGUACAACCUGCCCAGCUACGAGUACCUGUACAACCUGGGUGACCAGUACGCUCUGAAGAUGAGGCUGGUGGACCAUGUGUUUGAUGACCAGGUUAUCGACUCCCUCACCGUCAAACUUAUCCUGCCCGAAGGAGCCAGGAAUAUCCAAGUGGACACCCCGUACUCCAUCCAGCGCGACCCCGAUGACCUGCACUACACCUAUCUGGACACGUUCGGCCGGCCCGUGGUCGUGGCUCACAAGAAGAAUCUGGUGGAGCAGCACAUCCAGGACGUGGUGGUCCAUUACAACUUCAAUAAGAUCCUGAUGCUGCAGGAGCCCCUGCUGGUGGUUGGCGCAUUCUACAUUCUGUUCUUCACAGUCAUUGUGUACGUGAGACUGGACUUCUCCAUCACCAAGGACCCCGCUGUGGAAGUGCGUAUGAAGGUGGCCUCGAUCACUGAGCAGGUCCUGACCCUGGUGAACAAGCGGCUGGGCCUGUACCGCCACUUUGACGAGGUCAUCAACAAGUACAAGCAGUCCCGCGACAUGGGUGCGCUCAACAGCGGCCGCAAGACCCUGGAGGCAGAGCACCGCACCCUCACCAACGAGGUGGCCUCGCUGCAGUCACGCCUCAAAGCAGAGGGCUCCGACCUGGCCGACAAGGUGGGUGAGAUCCAGAAGCUGGACGGCCUGGUGAAGGAUUUGGUGUCCCGGUCCUGCCAGGAGGCGGAGAGGCUGGUCGCCGGGAAGGUGAAGAAGGAGACGUACAUCGAGAGCGAGAAGCAGCUGUCUGCCAAGCGCCAGGACCUGGUGACCCGCAUAGACAGCUUGCUGGAUGCCUUGUAAAGGGCACAACAGGGCUUCAGAGAGGAGGAUUCCCAUUGCAGAGCGACCCAGCCAGGCCAGGCUUUCAUAGGAGGCUGCAAGUGUCUAAUUGGUUGAGUUGGGAAAAGAAAUAAAAAGCAUGUUCAGCUGUUAUACAUGCUGUGUACCCCUUCAUAUGUGUCUCAUUUCAACUGUUAUGCAUGCUGUGUACCCCUUCAUAUCUGUCUCAUUUAAACUGUUAUACAUGCUGCGUACCACUUCAUAUCUGUCUCAUUUCAACUGUUAUGCAUGCUGUGUACCACUUCAUAUCUGUCUCAUUUCAACUGUUAUGCAUGCUGUGUACCCCUUCAUACGUGUCAUUUUUGUUUAUCUUGUUUGAUUUUUUUUUUUCCCAUACAUUUCUAGCUAUGAAGUGCUAAACAGCAGCGCUGUGGUAUCAUUUAGCAGAGCUGCGUUUCCCUGGGUCUCCCUCUGAAGUUUUCUGUUCAAUCUCUCUCAAGUUUCAGCUCGUCUGAUUUGGCACAGUUGCAUGGUGGUGGUGAUGGUGGGAGAGCGUGUUUUUAAUUUUAUAUUUUUUUGGGGUGGGUUGACAUGAUCAAAAGCAAUACAAAUUGGUUGCUGAGUUUUUUGUGUGUGGAAUUAAACGCAGCAAGGGAAAUAAUGACAAUGUGAAUACAAGUUGAAAGUCUUUAGGGAGUUUCAGAAGGAACUGCUUUAUUUCUUGCGAUAUCUUUUGCUUUCUCUACUUUUCAGGAGCUUGGUUAUUUCUGAUUUUUUUUUUUUGCUUCAUGCUGUUAAGUUCUUUUGGUUCCUUCUCUACGAUGUAUUUUUUUUUUUUUUUUAGAAAUAAAGGAACAAAUUAAAUGUUUUCUUUUCUAUUGUGAGUUUCUGCCCUCCUGCCAGUGCAGGCUGUGUGUCUAAUGCAGUAAGAUGUGGGGUUGGCAGUGCACGAAGUCUCUUGAAUCUGGAGGCUGUGAUCUGUCUGUGGCUCUUGUGAUACUAAACAAACUGAGCCAGGGAAAUGUCCGCUGCAAGCCGUCUUCGCUGUCCAGUUUGUGUGACUUUCCAACAAACGACCAAAUUUGAAUAAAAAAACAAAAAAGACCUGUCAAAA